CACACACAAUGACACAAGUCGCACAGAAACUCUGAAAGGCUCAUUUCGUUUCGUUGCUCCCGCGUUAUCUCCCUCAUGCUCAGGGUCUCAUCUUGAAGGAUUUGUCUGCUUUCUUCCUGCCACUGGAGUUAGACCACUUCGAAGCUGAUUCUGCUUUCCCUACUUGGGACUCAAGUGCUUGAUUUCUGAAAGUUGAAAAUGAAUCUUACUUGUUAGCCUUAUUCAAACAUCGUGAUUCUCCAAUGGCUUUGUCCCAUCCAUCGCUAUUUUCUACUUGUUCCGUUUACAGAUUAAAUCCUCUUCUGUUCUCUCGACGCAGUCGCGGAAUUCAGAGUUCUCGUUGGAAUUUCAACCGUAUCCGCCCUAGAUUUUUUGCAGCUGCUGCAUCAGAGAAUGGUGUAUUUACUUCACCAGAGACUGCAAAGUCAUUCGACUUUACAUCUGAGGAACGGAUAUACAAUUGGUGGGAGUCUCAAGGGUAUUUCAAACCAAGCUUCGUCCGAGGAGGAGAUCCUUUUGUGGUUCCAAUGCCACCUCCUAAUGUUACUGGAUCAUUGCAUAUGGGGCAUGCAAUGUUUGUGACUCUUGAGGACAUUAUGGUUAGGUACCAUCGUAUGAAGGGAAGACCCACACUUUGGAUUCCAGGAACUGAUCAUGCUGGUAUAGCAACUCAGUUGGUUGUGGAGAGAAUGCUUGCCUCUGAAGGAAUAAAAAGGGCUGAACUAAGUAGGGAUGAGUUCACAAGAAGAGUUUGGGAGUGGAAAGAGAAGUAUGGUGGAGCCAUUACAAAUCAGAUUCGGAGACUUGGAGCAUCUUGUGAUUGGACAAGGGAGCAUUUCACCCUUGACGAGCAGCUAAGUCGAGCUGUAGUUGAGGCCUUUAUUAGGCUUCAUGACAAAGGCCUGAUAUAUCAAGGGUCUUAUAUGGUCAACUGGUCUCCGAGUCUUCAGACAGCAGUCUCUGACUUGGAAGUAGAAUAUUCUGAAGAGCUUGGUACUUUAUAUUAUGUCAAGUAUCGUGUUGCUGGAGGUUCAAGGAGCGAUUAUCUGACAAUAGCCACAACACGCCCGGAAACACUCUUUGGUGACACAGCUAUUGCAGUGCAUCCUGAGGAUGAUCGUUAUUCAAAGUAUGUCGGAGGGCAGGCAAUUGUACCCAUGACUUUUGGCCGCCAUGUCCCUAUUAUUUCUGACAGAUACGUUGAUAAAGAGUUUGGAACUGGGGUGUUGAAGAUAAGCCCUGGCCAUGAUCACAAUGACUAUCUUCUAGCUAGAAAACUUGGCUUGCCAAUACUUAAUGUCAUGAACAAGGACGGGACGCUAAAUGAGGUUGCUGGACUAUACUGUGGUCUUGAUCGAUUUGAAGCUCGGAAAAAAUUGUGGUCAGAUCUUGAAGAAACAGGGCUAGCUGUCAAGAAGGAGCCCUAUGCGUUACGAGUUCCCAGAUCCCAGCGUGGUGGAGAAAUAAUAGAGCCACUAGUGAGUAAACAAUGGUUUGUUACCAUGGAACCCCUAGCUGAAAAGGCCCUCAAAGCCGUUGAAGAAGGAAAGUUAGCUAUCCUGCCUGAAAGAUUUGAGAAGAUAUACUAUCAUUGGCUGUCAAAUAUUAAAGAUUGGUGUAUAAGCAGACAACUGUGGUGGGGACAUCGAAUUCCAGUAUGGUACAUUGAGGGUAGAAAUUGUGAAGAAGAAUAUAUAGUUGCUCGGAGUUCUGAAGAAGCUCUAAAGAAGGCUCGCCAAAAGUAUGGAGAAGGUGUGGAAAUCCAUCAGGAUCCAGAUGUUCUUGACACUUGGUUUUCAAGGUUUGCUACUAUACACAUUCUACUUGAUACAAUGUUCGCACACAGGCAUGACAUUCUGUUCUUUUGGGUGGCACGGAUGGUCAUGAUGGGAAUUGAGUUCACGGGGACUGUUCCAUUUUCAAAUGUUUAUUUACAUGGACUCAUUCGGGAUUCUCAAGGACGAAAAAUGUCAAAAACUUUGGGUAAUGUCAUAGAUCCUAUUGAUACAAUUAAGGAGUUUGGCACAGAUGCAUUACGAUUUUCUAUUUCUUUGGGAACAGCUGGUCAGGACCUUAACUUGUCCACCGAGAGAUUGACUUCUAACAAGGCCUUCACUAAUAAACUGUGGAAUGCUGGAAAAUUCAUACUGCAGAACUUGCCUUGUCAAAGUGAAAGCUCUGCCUGGGAAACCAUUCUGGCUUAUAAGUUUGAUACGGAGGAGUCUCUUCUCAAACUUCCUUUACCAGAGUGUUGGGUGGUCUCAAAACUUCAUUGUCUUACUGAUAAUGUUACUUCAAGUUAUGACAAGUUUUUCUUUGGCGAAGUUGGGAGAGAAAUAUAUGAUUUCUUUUGGGGCGAUUUUGCUGAUUGGUAUAUUGAAGCCAGCAAAGCUCGCCUUUACCACUCUGAAGGUCAUUCAGUUGCUUCUGUAGCAAGGGCAGUUCUCCUAUAUGUUUUUCAAAACAUCUUGAAGAUGCUGCAUCCCUUCAUGCCAUUUGUCACUGAGGAACUGUGGCAGGCAUUACCCCAACGGAAAGAAGCGCUCAUUGUAUCCCCUUGGCCUGGAACAUCACUUCCAAGGCAUGCCAGCUCUGUAAAGAAAUUUGAGAACGUACAAUCUUUGAUUAGAGCAAUUCGGAAUGCACGAGCAGAGUACUCUGUUGAGCCUGCAAAACAUAUUUCUGCAUCAAUUGUAGCAAGCACUGAAGUUCUUCAGUACAUCUCAAUGGAGAAGGAAGUAAUGGCAUUACUCUCCAAGCUAGAUUUACAAAAUGUCCAUUUCACUGAUUCUCCUCCAGGCGAUGCAAAGCAAUCAGUUCACCUUGUUGCUGAUGAAGGUCUUGAAGCUUAUCUUCCACUUUCUGGUAUGAUAGACACCUCUGCUGAAGUCCACCGACUCUCCAAGCGCCUCUCUAAAAUGCAAUCAGAAUAUGAUGCACUUGUUUCUCGCCUUAGUUCUCCCAAGUUUGUUGAGAAAGCUCCUGAGGAAGUUGUUCGUGGGGUUAGAGAGAAAGCAGCCGAAGCAGAGGAGAAGAUAACUCUCACGAAGAACCGUCUAGCCUUCCUUGAAUCUACUGUUUUGGUUGCUGAAUAAGUUUUUCAUUGGUUCUCUAUUUAACUUUCCCUUGUUAGCCGUGUCUGUCCCCUAUCCCUUCCAUGCAAUAGAUGUUUAUCUCAUGCCUGCUCAGCAGCAUCCGUUAGAUUUAACAUAAUUUUAAUGCCAUGGGAUGAUAGGAUGCGGACCCUAGCUUGCCUUACCUGGGAUUCAUGACCAAAUGAGUUGUUGGUCAUGCCAAAGGAGUUGGAUUUUGCGGAAUCAUAGGAUGUUGUAUAGAAUGGUAUCAGCACUCACAGCUUCAAUCAUGCCCUGUUGAGGACAUCUGUUGCUAUAGCUGUCUGUUGAUCAAACAAUCAAGCUACCCCUGUGAUUCAGUAAACAUACUGAAGCACUAAAGGAAGCUCAAAAAGAUCUCUGGAAAUUUAAUUUAUUUUCUGCUUCAGUAAUUGUAAUUGACCAUCGUCACCACUUAAGCAACAGAAGGCUUAGGAGCGGGUUGUGUUGAAAGCACUGUUACGGCUGAGGAUGUUCUGAUUUUUAUCCAAGGUAAAUUUGGCCCUCUUCACUCUUUUUUUUUUUUUUUUUUUUUUUUGAUGGGGUUUGGGGGAGGUAAGGAUUAUUACUAGAAACAUCCAUUCUUUGUACAUUUCAAUUUUGUUAAUGUAUGGAAAACGAAGGAUGUUGUGUCAAAAUGGAUCAUAAAAUGAUGAUAUGGAAAAGUUGUUUGAGAAACAUUGAGUGAUAUGUGAAGCUUGAAUUUAGUUUAAUACAUUCCAAUUGAAACCA